UUUAUAGCCGUUAAAGGUAGUUAUCUUAUCUAAACCCCUGAGCACAUAAUAGAUUCAGAAUUCGAACCAAAACCAGCCUAACUUUCGAUCUCUUCUUCAUUUCAAUGGAUACUCUGCUAAACUCAACCUUCCCGAUCUUUUCCAAAUACCCAAAUUUCCCCAUAUCUAAACCCGCCAAACCCUUAAAGGUUUCAAUAAAGCCUCCACCACCUGACUUUGAUUUCAGAUCAGAAAUAUUGCAAGAAUCCAGAACUACAAUUGCCAAAAACCACCCUGACCUGCUUGACUUGGCCGAUUCAGGGAAUUUAAUUUUAAUUGAGAAGCGACUUUUCGGACCAGUACCGGCUUGGAGGACAGAGUUUGUCGAACCUGAGGCUAUAUGGUUGGUUGGCACCAGUCAUAUUUCGACUGAAUCAGCUACACAAGUGGAGCGAGUGGUGCGCGCUGUCAAGCCUGACAAUGUAGUAGUUGAGUUAUGUAGAAGCAGAGCUGGGAUUAUGUACACCUCCAAUGAAGGUGAGGAUAAUCAACAACUAAGAUCGAAUAUGUUUUCCUUGAGCGGGAAUGGAUUCUUUGGUGCUGUUGGUCGCAGCAUAAACUUGGGUGGUCAAACUGCUUUAGCCUUACGACUGUUGUUAGCCCUUUUUUCAUCAAAAAUAUCUAAUGAUGUCAAUCGCCCAUUUGGAGAUGAGUUUCGAGCUGCUCGAAAGGUGUCUGAAGAAAUCGGUGCCCAAAUUGUUUUGGGGGAUCGGCCAAUUGAAAUAACACUGGAAAGAGCUUGGAAUGCACUGAAAUGGAAAGAGAAGCUUAAUUUAGUGAGCUCGGUUGUUCGGGGAAUUACUUCAUCAUCUCAUACAUCAAAGAAAGACUUUAAGGUACCAGAUACUGAUGACGACACCUUUCUGCUCUAUGAGAAACUAAGCUUCUCAUAUCCGUCAUUGCUGCCGCCUCUGAUACAUGAACGAGAUACGUACCUGGCAUGGUCUCUGAAAAGGAGCAAAGCAGUGAACAAUAGCAAAAGAGUGGUGGGGGUAAUCGGAAAGGGCCAUAUGAAUGGUGUGAUAUAUGCAUUAGUAUCAGAUUUGGGAAACUUGAGGUUUCGGGACCUUGUUGGACAGAGACAAUCUGGUAGUGGAUCUAAAGGAAUUGUUGAUGAACUUCUCAAGAGCUUGGUCAGAGACACUGUGAUCGGUGUUGUGUUGUGGGUGUUGUAUGAACAGAUAAAAGGAGCUUUAUAGCAUACAAGAAAUAAGAAAUUAUUGAUUAGGACUGUGUA